AUGACACUACUCAACCCGUCGAGUUGGCCGCACAUUUCGCCACCGACGACCCCGCCCCCAUCCAACGUCGCCACUGCCGUGUUUGAUGAACAUAGUGAUGGCCACGAUCAAGAAGACCUGGGCGUUGCCCCCACGGAAGUCUUCGUCGACGACGAAGGCGAUGCGCUGCAUGCCACCAUGGACGAAGACGACCUUUUCACGACAUUUCCGGUUCGACAUCGGUACGCCGCGGACAACACAACCGUCGUUGGGUACAAGUCCGUGCCCUUCCACGGUGAGGACGUGCGGCUCUGGCGACAGCAACGACUGGCGCACUUGCUGCCCACCGUGGCCGAGAAAACGGUCGGCCCGUCGGACCAGCUAGGCAAGCGGUUCCAUAAUCGGAGCAAGACUUCGCUGAAGGCGACUGCCCACGAGAUGGACGAUGACACGUCUGACAAGACGCCGGACUUCUGGGGCGAAGUACUCAACCCGUCGAGUUGGCCGCUCAUUUCGCCACCGACGACCCCGCCCCCAUCCAACGUCGCCACUGCCGUGUUUGGUGAACAUAGUGAUGGCCACGAUCAAGAAGACCUGGGCGUUGCCCCCACGGAAGUCUUCGUCGACGACGAAGGCGAUGCGCUGCAUGCCACCAUGGACGAAGACGACCUUUUCACGACAUUUCCGGUUCGACAUCGGUACGCCGCGGACAACACAACCGUCGUUGGGUACAAGUCCGUGCCCUUCCACGGUGAGGACGUGCGGCUCUGGCGACAGCAACGACUGGCGCACUUGCUGCCCACCGUGGCCGAGAAAACGGUCGGCCCGUCGGACCAGCUAGGCAAGCGGUUCCAUAGUCGGAGCAAGACUUCGCCGAAGGCGACUGCCCACGAGAUGGACGAUGACACGUCUGACAAGACGCCGGACUUCUGGGGCGAAGUACUCAACCCGUCGAGUUGGCCGCUCAUUUCGCCACCGACGACCCCGCCCCCAUCCAACGUCGCCACUGCCGUGUUUGGUGAACAUAGUGAUGGCCACGAUCAUUCCUUGAUUUGA